AUGGACAGGCCCCAGAACGUCUUGGACUACUACAUCGGUGUUGAUGUUGGCACCGGCUCUGCCCGCGCCUGUAUCAUCGACGAGACGGGCGACAUCAAGGCUUUGGCCUCGGAGAACAUCAAGCUAUGGCAGCCCGAGAAUGGCUACUAUGAGCAAUCCACUACAGACAUCUGGCAAUGCAUCUGCGAAUGUGUUCGUCGUGUCGUGAGCGAGUCGGCCGUUGACCCCAACAUAAUCAAGGGCAUUGGCUUCGACGCCACAUGCUCCCUUGCUGUCUUCACCCAUGACACCGACGAGCCCAUGCCCGUGACUGGCCCCGACUUCGCAAACGAUGGCAAUGACCGCAACGUCAUCCUGUGGCUCGAUCACCGACCUGUCAACGAGACCGAGAAGAUCAACGCCACCGAGCACAAGCUGCUCAAGUAUGUCGGUGGCAAGAUGAGCAUUGAGAUGGAGAUCCCCAAGGUUCUCUGGCUCAAGAACAACAUGCCUCCCGACGUCUUUGACCGAUGCAAGUUCUACGAUCUUGCCGAUGCCCUGACUCACCUGGCGACGGGCAAUGAGACCCGCAGUUACUGCAGCGUCGUCUGCAAACAGGGCUACGUCCCUGUUGGCGUCGACGGCAGCGUCAAGGGCUGGCAGGAUGACUUUUACGAUGAGAUUGGCCUCAGCGACCUGAAGAAGGAUGAAUUCAAGCGCAUGGGUGGCGUCGACGGGGUGAACGGAGCCUACGUCAGUGCUGGUGAGCCCGUUGGCACCCUGAGCCGACAGGCUGCUUAUCAGCUCGGUCUUCCCAUGGGCAUUCCCGUCGGAAGUGGUGUCAUUGAUGCGUAUGCUGGCUGGAUCGGAACCGUUGGCGCUAAGGUCGACCUCGGUGAUGAUGAGCUCAACGCCAAUGUGCCUCACAACGAUUUGUCCCAGGCCUUCACCCGUCUGGCUGCCGUUGCCGGUACCUCUACCUGCCACCUGGCCCUCUCCAAGGAGCCCGUCUUUGUGCCGGGCGUCUGGGGCCCUUACCGAGAUGUCUUGCUGCCCGAAUACUGGAUGGCUGAAGGUGGCCAGUCAGCCACCGGUGAGCUGUUGAGGCACAUGCUGGACAUCCACCCUGCCUACACCGAGACUUGCGCUCUAGCCAAGGCUGAAGAUAAGCACAUCUACGACUUCCUCAACGCCCACUUGGAGGGCAUGGCCGAGAACAACAAUGCACCUUCCGUCUCGUACUUGGGUCGUCAUCUCUUCUUCUAUGGCGACUUGUGGGGCAACCGCUCUCCCAUUGCCGACCCCAACAUGAAGGGUUGCAUGAUUGGAAUCGAUAGCGACAAGAGCACCGACAACAUGGCCCUUUGGUACUAUGCUACCAUGGAGUUCAUUGCCAUGCAGACGCGCCAAAUCAUUGAGCAGAUGAACAAUGCUGGCCAUGAAAUUUCCUCCAUCUUCAUGUCCGGUUCUCAAUGCCAGAACGCGGUCUUGAUGGCCCUCCUAGCCACCACCUGUGGCAUGCCUGUACUCAUUCCCCGUUAUGUCAACGCCGCCGUUGUCCACGGCGCCGCCAUGCUCGGCGCCAAGGCUGCGAGCCACCACAAGGAGGACGGAAGUGAGCCUGAGACGCUUUGGAACAUCAUGGACCGGAUGAGCAAGCGCGGUCGCUUGGUUGAGCCCAAUGACGACCCCGGUGAGAAGUCGCUGCUCGAUGCAAAGUACGAGGUGUUCUUGGACAUGUGCAAGACGCAGCAGCAGUACAGGAGCAAGGUGGACAAGGCCAUUGCCACUUGGGGUGCUGAGUUUGGCGCGUAA